AAAGAAACCUUAUUAUGGCAUUACGCAGCGCUAGGGAAGAAGCGCGCGAGCAGCAUUGGGCGACUGAGCGCACCCAACGAGUUCAGCUCUUAGGCAAAAUCCAAUCCGAAAUUCACCUGCUACUUUGAUUUGAAGCGCCUCUAAUCUCUGUUCCUCUACCUCCUCCUUUUUCCCUUCCGUUUCUCGAUCUUCGUGAUUAAAUUAUUGCCUAAUUUCCGAAAUAUAAUGCUGUAGUUACUUCGGCUGAAGUGGGAUUUCGAGUUGUAGCGCAGAUUUUGUUAUUCUAGGGUUCAUGGCUUCACUGUUCAAGGACCCAUCAAAGCUCUCUGUUUAUCGGGAUAGAAGAUUUCAGGGAACACAAGAUGAAUUUGAACAUGCACUACUGUCUUCAACCACCGUUUAUGUGGGAAAUAUGUCCUUUUAUACGACUGAAGAACAAGUUUAUGAGCUCUUUUCUCGAGCUGGAGAAAUUAAGAAGAUAAUCAUGGGUUUGGAUAAGAAUUCGAAAACACCUUGUGGCUUUUGUUUUGUCCUAUACUAUUCUCGGGAGGAUACUGAGGAUGCUGUUAAAUUUAUAAGUGGAACAAUUCUUGAUGAUCGUCCUAUUCGUGUGGAUUUUGAUUGGGGAUUUCAGGAUGGCAGACAAUGGGGCCGUGGUCGAAGUGGUGGGCAGGUGCGUGAUGAAUAUCGAACAGACUAUGAUCCUGGUAGAGGUGGUUAUGGAAAGUUGGUUCAGAAAGAGUUAGAAGCACAGAGGCAGCUUGUGGAUUAUGGUACUGAUUCACUAGGCUCUAUGCCGCCAGUCAUGUCUCAGCAUGGAAACCAUGGUGGAAGCCACGGACAUGGGUAUCGUCAUGGUAGAGAUUACCACCACCGUAAGCGCCACCGGGACGAUGAUCGCCAUGCCCAUGAAAGCUCUAAGAGAACUUCAGAUUUUGAGUCUAGAAGAAACUCCAAUCAUGAAUCCAGACCGGAGAAGAAUCCAAGGUUUCGGGAGAGUGGCGAUUCUGAUGAAGAGGAUGACGAUGAUCGAAAGCAGCGACACUAACCAGAGUGUCGUCGUCAUAUUAUCAUGUGAGGAACCUUAAAUUGGCAUUGCUUAGUUCAGCACAAAUGAUAAGGGACGACAAAACUAGCGAGUUAUCUUUUUUUCAUGUCACGAGGUACUUUUUCUUAGUUUAAUGAAGGAAUGGCUUUAAUUGGUGUCAUUGUCUGUGCUGUUUAUUAUAAGAAUCAAGUAGGCAUGUUGUCGAACUAUGUUAUAAAAGAUAAAUUAUACAAUUCUGAACAGAAAGUACUAUCA